AUGCAUCUUGCUGAAUAUCUUUUCCGCCGCAUUCACGAGCUUGGAAUCCGUUCCAUAUUUGGGGUUCCUGGCGAUUACAAUCUCAAAUCCCUUGACUACAUUACUCCAUGUGGUCUCAACUGGGUCGGUAACGUGAACGAGCUCAACGGCGGCUAUGCCGCCGAUGGUUAUGCCCGCAUCAAAGGAAUAGGGGCAAUCAUGACUACAUUGGGUGUUGGGGAGCUUUCAGCCAUCAAUGCCAUAGCAGGCGCAUGCGCCGAGCUUGUACCAGUCAUCCAUAUCGUCGGGUAUCCCUCAACAAUUAUACAGAAAAAGCGCCUCCCGAUGCACCACACUCUGGCAGAUGGCGACUUUAGGCGAUUUGCCAGAAUGAGUAACGAAAUAUCGAGCGCCGUGGUCGUUCUGGAAGACAAAUCAGAUGCGACUAGACUCAUCGACGAAACAAUUAUCGAGUGCUGCCGUUCCAGCAAGCCCGUCUACAUUGGCUUCCCAGCGGAUCUUGUCCAGGUAGAGGUAGAUCCAUCUCCGCUUGAAUAUCCCCUGGGUCUCGAAGGACCCAGCCCCAAUCCGACGGCGGACAAGGAUUAUGGCGUGGAUCUGAUUCUCGGCCGUAUUCGGGCGGCUCAGAAUCCGAUAAUCAUCGUUGAGAGUCUGGCCGGAAAGCCGCACGGCUUGAACACAACGAGGCUAUUCGUGGAAAGCUCGGGACUUCCUUGCUUUACUACACCAAUGGCCAAGGGCAUAAUCGAUGAGACCUUGAUAAACUUUCGCGGCUUGUACGUAGGAAAGAUCUCGGAGCCUACCGUUUUCGAACAAGUCCUGUCCUCCGAUUUAAUUCUAGUGCUUGGGCCACGUCCAACGGAUUUCAGCACAGCGGGGUUCAAGACUGAUUUGCCUCACAUCGAGACCAUCAAAUUCGAACCUCACAGGAUCCAAAUGCAAUAUCAAGGCACUCUGGGGCUCGAUAUGAAAGGUGUGCUAGAAAGGCUCAGCUAUGUUUUUGAGAAAGAACAGUCAGGAUCUGUCUCCACGAACUCAACGGCCUCUACACCACCCCGCAAGCUUGAUGGCACACCCGAUAUACAUGGAAACAUUUCACCCUCCUCCAAUUCACCGAAAGAAAGUGUGAACGGCCAUGAAUUUAUUGAUUUCGAGGGUAAUAUUCUCGACAAGUCUCGGCCAUUAACCCAAGAGUGGAUAUGGCCACGCCUGGCUUCCUGGCUCGAAGAAGACGAUAUCAUAUCCGCGGACAUCGGAACUGCUGCAUUUGGCACGAUAUGGACUCGAUACCCGCGCGGAGCAAUUCCACUAACGCAAUUCGUUUGGUCUUCCAUUGGAUAUGCCGUCGGGGCAGCAGUGGGCGCGGCCCUCGCUGCACGGGAAGACGAGAAGCAGUCCCAGGGUGCUCGGUGCCGACGGACUAUCUGCUUAACGGGGGAUGGCAGUUUCCAACUGACCGCACAAGAAGUCAGCACCAUGGUCCGCCGCAAACUGGGAAUUAUUAUUUUCAUUAUUUGCAAUGACGGCUACACGGUAGAGCGCAUGAUUCAUGGCAUGGAGGCAGAGUAUAACGAUAUCCAGCCAUGGGACUUCAAGCUUUUGCCGGCUGUUUUCCGGGCCGCUCCAAAUACUGCUCGCACCUAUGCUGUUCGGACCAGGGCUGAAUUGAAUAUGCUGCUUGACUAUCCAUCGUUUGGUCCCGCUGUGCAUUAUGACGAGAAGAAUCCUCCCCCGUUACGUAUUGUUGAGCUGUAUAUGGAUAAAUAUGAUGCACCGGAGAGUUUGCAGGGGACUAUUGAUUCUAUUCAGGAUAAGCACUGA